UUUCACCUUCCAGUACUACAGAGUAUGAUGUAAGCUGCAAGCGGGCCUGGACCUUUUGGCCAGAGGACUCUAUGCAGCAGUCCCUUUAUGAACAAGUUGCUCAGUUGAGUCAUCCAUUGGCAUGUUGCUUUAUGGUCAUUUCAUUGUGGGAUCAUUUGCUGGAGCGAAGUGUGUUCCCUGCUUCAUCUUUCACUCUCUGAUGUGAUCCUGCCAUCCCUUCCUUACUAUGUGAUUCCUGAGUUACAGAACCAGAGAAUGGUAGGGGUGUGAAGGGACCUUUAGAGAUCAUGUAGUCUAGCCCCGUGUUGUGUCUUGCUCACCAAGACACAAGUCAGUGCACUACUGUUUCUGAUGCUGGGAAUUGCUUUUUCCAGCCAUAUGGUGCAGAAAGAACCUGCUAUUACCAGGGCUCAGGCUGAGAUUAAAAACUAGAAUGGGCAACUCUGAAGUUAAGGACAAGGGCACUGGCUCAGCCUGCAUAAACUACACAGCCUCUUUCUACCUGGGAAGUGAGGAGCACAGCACCUAAUGGUUAACAUGGAGUUCUGGGUUAACUCUUGUGCCAUUUCAGGGCUUGGACCACUAUGACUUCAGCUGGACCAUCACCCAAACGCAAGCUCGAAAUGGUUCCUAGGAAAUUUUAAAGCCCAGGUGAAAAUUAUUGCUCACAACCAAAGAGAUUAGACUUAAACUACCAAUCUAUCAUUUUGGUCCAUUUUUAGCCACCCCAAUCAGUCCCAGAAAUCCAGAAGGGUAAGAAAAUAGCAAGGGGCUCCAGGGUGAGUCUGAAAUUGAGCUCUGACUUGCUGUCUUAGCCUUGUGAGGCAGCUCAUAACAGCCCAAUCUCCAGCUGGUGCCAGGGUAUUCCUUUUUCCUUGAAUUCCUGCUGCAUGCUUGUGAGCAGAGCUUUGUCUGUGCUGCUGUCACUAACAAGCACAUUUGCUCUGCCUGCUCCUGGCAUAGUAUGGCAUGCCUUGCCUUGCUACUAAACAUUAAGCUAAAGGUGCAAACAGCCUUAUCAUAAAAGGACACAGAUCUCUGAUGGUAUGUUAGCCUUGUAACUACUACUAAGUGCCUUUGCAUGUCAGCCCAUCAAUCCCUGCUGUAUCUGUACAUAUUCAAAAUGGAAGUUUUUCAGAAGCAGACAAACAAUACAAUACACCAAGUCUAGCAUUGGAUUUCCUAGAAUCAUAGAUUUUUUUCAGCUGGAAGAGACCUUUAAGGUCAUUGAGUCCAGCCUUUGUCCCAGCCCUAUCAACCACUAGACCAUUUCCCUAAGUGUGACAUCCAGCCAUCUCUUAAACACCUCCAGGGACGGUGACUCCAGCACCUCCCUAGGCAGCCUGUUCCAAUGCCCGACAACCCUUUCAGGAAAGAAAUUCCUCCUCAUAUCCAGCCUGAACCUCUACUGGCACAACUUGAGGCCAUUUCCUCUUGUUCUAUUGCUUGGUACUAGGGAGAACAGACUGACCCCUGCCUUGCUACGGGUUCCUUUCAGGGAGCUGUAGAGAGCGAUAAGGUCUCCCCUGCACCCUCUUUUCUCCAGGCUAAACAGCCCCAGGUCCCUCAGCUAUUCCUCACAGGAGACGUGCUACAAAUCCUUUCCUAGCUUGACUGCCCACCUCUACAGCCUCUCCAGCACCUCAAUGUCUUUCUUAUAGAGAGGGGUCCAAAACUGGACACAGUAUUCAAGAUGCAGCCUCACCAAAGUCAAGUACAGGGAAUGAUCACCUCCCUCCUCCUGCUGACAACACUGUUCCUGAUACAGGCCAGGAUGCCAGAGCAGGACCUCCUACAGUAGGUCACACAGGAACUCAUCCAGGUGGGAUUGAACGUCUCCAGAGAAGGAGACUCAGCAACCCAUAUGGGCAGCCUGUUCCAGGGAUUAAACACAGAAGAUGCAGUUCUUAUGGCUUGGUCUAAUAUAUCCAUUACAAUUACAGUACUUGCCCCACCUCAAUUGUUUGCGCAUGCCUGGUCUGCCAUUCUCCUUAGAGUCGGAAGGAGGCGCUCCAGAGCUGUUGCUAAAAUGCUAAAUGCUAAUUCCUAAAUGCAAAGGCAAUCGCUAUCUGGCACCGGUCUUUUCUGUGUCUAACGUGCUGAUUAGUCACCCACUGAAUGUGGAUGUUGUCAAACCUCACAUCUUCUACAUUUGCUGGUAUUUUAAAUCUGGAGAAAAUAGAGAUCUUCAGCUGUUUUCUGGUGGGUCCCCAAAAUACUCCAGUCAGGCUACUUGUGAUCGGUGGUAUUGCUCAAGACCCCUAGCAGCUACCUGGGUAUGCAGCAUCACCUUGCCAGAUUUUUUUUCUCUCUUUUUUGUUUCUGAAUUUCUAGUAAAUUUGCACACUGUCUGCAGUGUUUCUCUGUUUAUAUGUCCACAUGCUUACUUGAAAGGACAUCACUAAACUCAAGAGUACUCCUAAAGACAACUGGGACUGGUGCAAUCCCUUCCUCCAAGACUGAUCAGAUAUGUUGCUGUGUUCCAGCUUGAUGUACCGUAAAAGUAGCUUUUCAAUAGUUUAAUGGUACAAGCUGGUUGAAGUUGCACUACAAAGAAAGAAGGGAAGAUAUAUCACAGUGUACUUUGCUUUACCUUGUGAAGCUAGAUUUUGGAUAGUGUGAUAUAUGUCAUGUUCAUUACAUAUUCUGUCUCAUCUCAUCUGUACCAGAUUCUCCAGCCCAGCCCCAGUCUUGAUGUCUCUAUCACUGGAUCCCAUGCUAAGAGGUGCAGCUCUCUCCCUUGCUUCCCCAGUGAUGAUCGAGGAACCAAUGAGGAGAGGUGUGCUACUGGACCUGGUACUGACGAAUAAGAAGGGCCUGGUUGGGGAUGUGAAGGUUGGAGGCAACCUCGACUGCACCGACCAUGAGAUGGUAGAGUUCAAGAUCCUGUGUAGAAGAGGCAGGACAUGAAGCAGGACUGUGACCAGGGAUUUCCGGCGAGCCGACUUCGGCCUCUUAAAAGAUCUACCUGGACAAAUCUCAUGGGAUAUGAUUCUAGAAGACAGAAGUGCCCAUGAGAGCUGGUCAAUCUUCAAGUACCACUUCCUCCAAGCCCAGGAUCAGUGUGUCCCAAUGUGCAAAAAAGGAGGAAAAGGAUGGUAGGAGGUCUCCAUGGAUGAGCAAGGAUCUGCUGGGAUAACUCAGGCAGAAAGCAGCCAUCUAUGAGAGGUUCCUUGGUCCAUUGAAGAAAUUUUUGUGAGAUCUGCAAAUGUAGCCAGUACUUGUCACACUCUCUGAGGGUCUCAGCACCUGCCUAUUUCUGCGUUCCUGUAAGAAGCAUUGUCUUCCUCUCACUGGAGUAGUGUUCUCAUUGUGGAAGAAGAGUGGCAGACAUAUCAUAUCAUAUCAGCAGAAGGAUCAAUGCCUGAGUCCAGGACAAGGACCAAUGUCCCCAGUGACAUCUUCCUCUUAUCACUGGGGAUCUACACAAUGGAUGAUGCAGGGUCAUUCAUCGCACCCUAAUGCAGGCUACAUGAGCAGAUAAUUGACUGCAGGCAUUGGUGCCUAUAUGGGAAUACAGGUUCCUGUACCAAGGACUUUAGAGAAAAAGGAAGUGCCAGACCAUAGUUACAGGCGCUCUCAGAGGCAGUAACCUCUCGAAAACCUUGUCCAGCUGAGCGGUGACUUCUGUGGUGUCUUGAAAACAGGGACAGUUUACCAGGCUAAAAAUGAUUUACAGGAUUCAGCCAGCUGGUGUAUGGAGGGAGGGGGAAACAGAUCACAACAGUUGUCUUGAGAGAGCGUGCUCUGAUGAAGCAAGAUUGACAAGGAUGUCCAACUGCCUGCCAAAACUGACCACAGCAGUGAUGAGCCACAAGAUCAGAGUUCUGUUUAUCCUCACCAUUUCAUUUGUGUCCAUUAUCUCUGUCCUGUUCUACUGGAAAACUGGGCAAGACAUUGAGGGCCAGCUCUACAGCUUGCCUAGACAAAACAGGUGUGCUCAGCUUUUGCCACACCUCGCCCAUGCCACUGCUGGUGGGACUCCCCCUUCCUCAGGGGAUGUGUUUUUUGUGGAGACAUCAGAGAGAACUAACCCCAGUUACUUGUUCAUGUGCUCUGUGGAGUCAGCAGCCAGGAUGCACCCAGAGACAAGGAUUGUGGUGCUCAUGAAAGGCUUGGCAAAUGGGAAUGCCUCGUUACCCAACCACUGGGCAUUCUUUUUGCUGAACUGCUUCCCUAAUGUAGAAUUCCAGACACUCAACCUGACAGAGCUUUUCUCUGGAACACCUCUGGCAAAGUGGUUCUUGCAGGCUCAGCAGCGCUGGGAGCCUUAUUUCUUACCUGUCCUCUCUGAUGCCUGCAGAAUUGCCAUAAUGUGGAAAUUUGGUGGCAUCUAUCUGGACACAGACUUUAUUGUACUUAAGAACUUAAAGAACCUCACCAAUGCACUCGGUAUGCAAUCUCAGAAUGUACUGAACGGGGCCUUUCUGUCCUUUGAACCCAAACAUGAGUUCAUGGAGCUUUGCUUACAGGACUUUGUGGAUAAUUACAAUGGCUGGAUCUGGGCACAUCAGGGCCCACAGCUGCUAACACGUGUCUUCAAGAAGUGGUGCUCCAUCAGUGAGAUCCAGAACGGUAUGAACUGCAAAGGCGUGAGUGCUCUUGCCCCAGAAGCCAUGUAUCCUGUUCCCUGGGAGGACUGGAAGAAGCUAUUUGAAGCCAUCAGCUCCUUGGAGCUUCAGAAGCUUCUUAAGAACACAUAUGCGGUGCACGUGUGGAACAAACUGAGCCACGGCACAAGGCUAGAGAUCACAUCCCAGGCUUUGCUGGCUCAGCUGUAUUCUCAGUUCUGCCCUGCCACAUACACAAGGAUGAAGAAUGACUACAAAGAGAAGUCAGGGCAUACAAUGUGACCCAUGUGACAGCUCAGUGAUUUUGCAGCAUUUCUGAUACCUGUCUCAGAUCCUCCACGCUUUCAAAGUACCGCCAGACCUGAGUUUGGACUCUUGUUCUUCAGUAACCCUGGAUGCUGCAGGGAAGAGUGAACUUGUUCAUCAGUUGCUCCUCUCUUGCUGCUCUCUCCCUCAGUGAGCAAGGCCUGAAAAGCCUCUGGUGUAGUUCCAGCUGCUGUAGGAACCCUUGGCUUUCUCUCUGUAAUGAUUCUAAAUGUGUAAAUAAAUGCAAGCCCAUGGUGUUGAACACUGUUCAGAGGAGCUUAGGACCAUGUUCUCUGGGCGAUAAAGAUUCUUCUUUCUGAUUCUUCUGAAUAUGUGUCAAUUGUUUGAAGAAAAGGAAAACUUUUUAAAUCCCUGUGUGGCUCAGUGUAAAGUUUUUCUUGCUUUCCAAAGGUACUGUACUACAACUGAUCUUGUCUAGAAUUUUCCAUUCAACAGUGACAGACUGACUUUUUUUGUCCUUUUCUGAAAAAGAAAUAAUGAAAUGCAGUCACAUUACCAGUAUGAGAAAAGAUCUUUGUUUUGCUGAAGAAAUACUUGUGGGAUAUGUAUAUGUAGCCAAUACUUCUCACAGUCUCCAAGGGUUUCAGCAUCUGCUUCCUCUCACUGGGUUAUUGUUCACAUUGUGGAAGAAGAGGGGUAGGCAUGUCCUAUCAGCAGCAGGAUCAGUGGCCAAGUCCAGGGCUAGGACUUGGCCACUAGGACCAAUGUCCCCAGUGACAUCUUCCUGUUGUUUCCAAUGGUUUCUGCAGUGUCAUUCAUUUUACUCUAAUGCAGGUUACACAAACUGCAGGCAUCAGUGCAUGUAUGGGAACACAGGACUUUUAGAGGUAUGUGAGAAAGCUGACUGUGACUUCCAGCAAACUUGGGCAGAGCCAAUGCAGUGGCAGAUCUGCUGUUGAUCUGAUAUGAAUCUGUUGAUCUGAUGUGAAUCUUGAUUUGAUCUGAUUCUCAUAUGUGAAUGUGUUUCCUGCGUGUCUGGGGCAUUGUAAUUGUAAAAAUGCACUUGAAUUUAUCUUCUUAUGAAAUGCAAAAAGGAAGUUCUGCUUGUACCAAACCAAAGUCCUUUGUCUGGAAGUCAAAUUGUAAACAAUGUUUGGUUAUUGCUCUUUCAACUAUGCAGUAGGUAACAAAAAAGAAGACCAUUUUUAUCAACUUUAAUUUGACCUUUUCCUAAAUUCCAUUAUCUGCUGAAAGGUACAGUGCUGUCAUGCAUGAAGGAAAGCAGAUUUUAAGUUUGAUUCAAUUUCAGUUUGACUUAAUAUGAAUAACAGUAUGUUUAUCAUUCACUGAGCCAUGGCACCCUGUUGAUUAAAUGUUCCAUUGCAGAUCAAAAA